AUGAUGUGUUGUUGUAUUCAUAAUAAUCAUAAUUAUAGUGAUUAUAAUAACAGUAAUAACAAACUGAGGAGUGAUUUGUCACUUAUUUUGUUGUUUUUUGGAUGAAUUGAAAGCACAUUCCAAGUGGUGAUCAAAUGAUUGAAUUAUAUCCAUAAAUAAACAACAAAUCAUUUUACAGAUGUGAUUGUCUCAUGUUUUUAGAAGACAUAUCUUCUUAAGAAAAGACAUUCACGAGUACUCAACCAUUUCAUUGACGACCACUUCUUGUAUACAGUUUUUUAUCGGUUGCAGCUCUUGAGUUAGCGGACAAUAUGUUUACACUAAUAUCUUCAGCGAUUAACAAUACGAUGGAAGUGUUGGCGCCGACCAUUGCGGCCGAAGACCAGUUUGUUUGGCACUGGAAACAAGUGAUGAACUUUUACGAGACCAGCGACAAGACGUCGCGUGACGUUCCGAUCGAAGCCACGAAUAUUAGUCUUCAUCUACAGAAGAUGUGUCAUAUAUUAUGUGACGAACAGUCGCCAGAUUUGAGUGACAACAAUACGACAGAUGUACUUCUUAAUGGUUCAUCCAUCGGACCAUCGAUGGAGUACUUAAUGCAAAACAAGAUAUUGGAUACAAUGAGUUCUUUGGCACAAACAGACACACCAUUAGGUCUGACACAUCAUAUUCUUCAAUUCUUUACCACACUUUUAACUCAUUCAAGUCAUGAAUUACUUCCACAUAAGUGUGUAUAUAGUUCUGUCCAAAAAAUAAUAGUCAUCUGCGGUAAACUAAUAGCUGGUCCCUAUGAGUCAAGUGAAGUAAAAUUCUUGACCUGUAUUUGUGAUAAAAUUCAUGAAAAUCCGCAAUUAAUAAACUGCUUCUUAAGUGACUCUUUUCCGUUAAUCACUGCUUUAUUAGCUUUACUCCAGAGUCCAGACCAAGUGAUCUCCACCACGAGUGGCGACGCUCUUCUCCGGCUCUUGGAUUCAGUCAAUGAAAGAGCCGAAGAGAUAAUAGCAUUUGAGACUCCAUUUAGUUGCAAAAUAGCGGACCAAUUGGUGUCUCUUUAUCAGGCAAUUCCUCGCUCUCUAAGAGCCGAACAAAUGGAGAGUGCAAUCAAUUGUUGCUUUAAAAGUGUAGACACAGAGAGUGCCACUAAUUUUGAAUCAUUUUCACCGGCAGUUCGCAAGUUUCUAUGUUUUCUUCGAUGGUUUGUCUUUAUAGAUAUGAUUGUCAAUCAUUUAUCAACAAAAGAAAGUAUUUUAAGAAAGACAUUAUUAGAUAAUUUUAAAAAAGACUUUCUCGAGGCAUGCAUUUGUCCGGAUCUGUUAGGAAUGGGUUAUGAAAGCGAAUCGGACGCUGCGGACCAUAUAUUUUUGACCACAGUUUUGGUGUCAAAUUGUUUACGAAAUACAGUCAGCGAAUACUUAUCGACAACUAUUGGCGAGUUUUUAAUAGUUGACACCAAAACUGAUCAAUUAAUUAAUAAUCCAAAAUAUAAUGAAAAAACAAAUAAAUUGAAAAACAUAUUAUUAGAUCGAUGUCGACUAAUUGAGACCAACUUAGCAAACGAUGAACAAAACUCGAGUAGUAUUACCAUCGAUUGUAAGCGAAUCCAAUUAUGUAUGUCAUCGAUGCAAUUAUUUGAAGACAUAUUAGUAAAACCAUCCGUCAGUAUUUUAAACGAAUUAGUCGUUCAGUAUUUAUCUGACCGAUCAUUUCUUGAUGAAUAUAUCUUAACCAAUGAUACCAAUUCAGACUUUAGUGAAUUCAGUAAUUUGAUGUCUUCGUACUCGAAUUCCGGUUCAGAGGAGGGAUCAGCAGUUAAUUUUAAUUAUGUUUCGACAUCUCAUGUCCAACGAAUGCUUCAAUAUUUUACUUCACUAGUUCCCGAUGAACUCAAAAGUUGUGUCAGCGAUGAUGACUUGGGAUACGAGAACUAUGUUAGAGAAGCGCAAAAACAUUUCAAAGAAGUCGGACAUAUCUGUAACAAAUGGAAGAACUGGUCGACAGAAAGCAUUAUUUUAGACGAUUCUCAGUCGACGGCCGACGAGAAGACCAACAAUAUUGUUAUUAAUGGCAAAUCAGAGCACAAAUUGAACUCGAAAUCAGAAAACCAGUUCUUUGAGGGACCUUUUAUGGCAAUGAUUUUUGAUAAUUUAGAACAUAUGGUUCAAUUACCAUACGAAGUCAAUCUUCAGGUGACGUCUUUGAUUUCAAGAUUAGCGCUAUUUCCGCACCAAUAUCUCAAUGAAUAUCUUUUGGAUCCAACUAUUCCUUUAGUUUGUAACACACGUUCACUGUUUUCCAUUCUUCACAAACUGGUCGAUGAGUUACAGAUAUUAGUUCAGGGAAUGAAUGGCUUAAAAGAUAAGCUGCAAAUCACCAGAAAGUCACUGUUGGGUGAGUCAGACAAAUGUGAAGCCGAAUCCAAUGAUACGACCGAUGGAAAGACAUUGCGAAUAAUGGAAGCAUUGAUUGUGAUCGAAGAGUUCUGCAAAGAGUUGGCAGCCGUGGCUUUUGUCAAAUAUCACAAUACUUUCUGAUUAUUUCAUUAAUUACUUUAUUAAUUAAUUUUUUUCA